GAUUUUGUUUUAUUCGAUAAAAACUGUCACUCUCGAAUGGAGCACUUUCAUUAGUUCAUUCGAAAAGAUUUGGAUUAGAAGGUUUGGAAUACGUUAUUUGGAAGUUUUGUGUUGAUAGCACAUUUCCAUGGAAGACUCGGCAGUGUAUUUAUCGGACUCCCAAUAUGAAGCUCUCAAACAGUUCAAGAAAAAUGUAUCGGAUAUUCUAACACCAGGUCAUUCAGACAUCGCGCUCAAUAAGUGGCUGAGAGCCCGAAACUAUAAUUUAAAGAAGGCAGAAGCUCUUUUUCGUCAGAUUCACGAUUGCAGGGAAGUUUACGAGUUUGACACUAUUACAGAAUGGUUCAAACGAUCAGAAGCGACUGAGAAAUAUGAAUACAGUUCCUUCCUGGGUUUUGCCAAAGACGGAUCUGUCGUAAGAUACGUUCAUGUGGGGAAAGGCGAUCACUAUGGUUUCAUUAUGUCCAUGACUGCGUAUGAAAUUUGUAAAUACUGCUCAUAUUUAAUAGAAUGGGAUCGCAAGGAACAAAAGAAACAUAAUCAAAAGACAGGCCUUAAUGUUCAUGACAUUACUUAUAUCUUUGACAUGGAUAACUUCUCUAUUCAGCAACUCGCCUACAAAUGCGAUCCAUCACCAUAA